UGAUACGCCCAUGACGUCCCGCCCAAUCCCACCUGCCCCGAAGUACGCCCGGAAGCCCCGCACGGGUACGAACGACUCCGGUGUGGAGGAUCUGAUGGAGCUACAGGAGCUGGACGGGACCCUCAAGCCACGCCCUCCUCCCAGGGCAGACAAGGAGUGGACUUCUGUGGGACUGUCGUACCCAGGACUGGUUCACUCCAGCUCCCUGCCGCCGUACUCCACUGUGGAGAGGGACCGGCCUGACGGAGAGGACACCCGCCCGUCCUCACGGAUCAUAGAGGAGGACUGGCAGGCUGUGAUGAAACCCCCCGUGCCGCCCCCGAAGGAUGGCGCCAGACGCUUGCUGCGGAAAGACAUCGCCCGGCUGGAUGUAGUGGACGAGCGCCAGCCGGGAAGCUGUGAGAUCUUCUGAUUGCUCCUUGAUUAACGGAGGAUGGCGGGAGCCUUUCUGUGCUGAUGUAGUUUCAUUAACCCUUGUCCCGCUGAGUCCGUUAAUAUACGGAAUGGAUUAACCCUUGUCAUGCUGAGCUGUAUUGCUAUGAGUUUGGGGUAUUUCCUCCGUAAA